CACACAACCAACAACAGCCACAAACGUCAUCCAUCCCAUCCAUCCAUUGCGGCAGUCACGCUGCUCACACCACCAGCAACCCGCACUCACGCACCACCUCACACACUCUCACACUCCUUCAUUCACUCACUCACCCCCCCAUCCCUUGUCACCCACUCACUCCUUCAUUCACUCACCCAUCCAUUCAUUUCACACUCAGUCUUGCUGUUCCACUUCGUUCGCAUCGUCUGCGCCUGCGUUUGCGCGCGAAACCUCCUUUUAGUGUGCGCCUGCUUCCCCACACUGCUUCCCCACACUGCUGCAUCCCGCCUUCCUCCUCCUCCUCCUCCUCCUCCUCCCCUUUUCAUCCCCCUUCCCACACAUACACACACACGAGCGAUGCGGCGCACGUCACCGUUGCCGCUGUCAUCGACGUCAUCGGCCGCGGCGGCGGUCGUGGUGGUCAUGUGCUGCGUGUGCGCCGUGGCGAUGGCGGGCAGCGGCGUUGGCGCCACUUUUUCCCUGCCCAAGUCGACGCAGGCUGCCUUCGACUACGCGGCGGCACAGGGCACGCGCGUGUUCAUCGCCAUUGCCACGGACUGCGACACCGCGGCGCAGCUGGCGCCCACCAUCCUCGACACGUGGUACGCGCCAGGGACGGUGGCCCGCAAGUUUGCGACGGCCAAGUUUGUGGUGGACGGCUCGCGCCCGGGCUGCUUUGGGGAUGCCGCGCUGGAGCAGGACAUGGUGAUGCACAUGCCCGAGUGCUCGCAGCGGGACUCGCCCAUCGCCAAGGUGCUGUGCAUGUGGGACAAGGUCAAGUCCAUCCUGGGCAGCCGAUACACGCACUUCUUGCGGGUGCACGCGGAUACGUACGUCAACCUCAACAACCUCGUGGAGCUGGCCACGCACAUGCCGUCGUCGAAGCCCUUGUUUGCGGGCAUGCGCGUCGGCGACAGCGAGGACAGCCCUGCGGAGGACGUUGCGCCCUUCUGCCUCGGCCCGGCCCACGUCAUCACCGCCAAGCUGCUCAACAUGCUGCCGUCCGGUACGGAGGAGCUGCCGCAGGGCAUGCUGCCGCACAGCGGCGACCGCGCCUUCUCGUAUGUUGUGCAGCUCGUGGCGAAGGUGUCGUGCAUGGAGCACAUUGACCGCAGGUUCAAGUGGGCCUUCAUGCACCGGUACUGGGACGUUGCUGCAAACGGCACCGUGAUCAAGCCCAUGGGCGCCAUGUCGCCCCCCGUGCACCACAGGUUCUACAGCAGCUUUGUGCAGGCCGUGACGGUGCGUCCGCUGCAGACGCCCGAGGACAUGCGCAGCCUGCACGCGGCCACGCAGGCCAUGCGCCUGCCGCUCUUCCACCUGCCCAUCCCCAUGCCCGACGACACCAAGACGCUCGUGCAGCGCAUGUGCGUGCACAACCCGGCGCGGCAGUACGAGCUGUGCGGCCUUGACCUGCGCGAGUGCCCGACGCGGGCGCCGACGCACCCGAAGACGCUGGCGCAGCUCAAGGCAUACACCGUGUACCUGCCGAGCCGCCCGGACUCUGUGCGGCGGGCGACGAACCUGACGCAGACGCUGCGGUCGCUGGGCGUCACGACGCAGAUGGUGGCCGGCAUUGACGGGCCGCAGCUGUUCCAGGACCUGAUUGGCAACUUUGAGAAGAGCGACGCGCCGACGGCGUCCCCGAGCGUGAUUGGGCUGCGGCUGGCGUACCUGCGGGCCAUGGGAGACAUCCUGCUGGCAGCAGACGCGUCCGCCGACGCGCCGCAGCUGCACCUGUUCCUUGAGGACGACACCAUCCUGGGGCCCGGCUUUGCAGAGAAGCUCGACCACAUCCUGCGCACGAACGAGCGGUGCGGGCAGUUCCUGUCUGUUGCGCCCGGCGGCGCGCUGCUGCUUGGCGGCACCGUCUGGCGCGAGGGCACGUACCCGCGCGUGUCCAAGUGGACGUCUGGGUGGAUCCAGAUUGACACGGAGAUCUCUGCGCAGCCCAACGUUGCAGACCGCAUCUGCUACAACGCCGCCAACGCCACGUACGGCACGUUUGCCUUUGUGGUGGACACGGAGGCCGUGCGGCUCAUGCACGCGUGGCUGGCGGACCCGGCGUUUGCACACCUGCCCGUCGACCACGCCUGGCCCCGGCUGGCAGACAUUGGCGUGCCCGUGCGCGUGCUGAACCCUCCCCUGGCCUUUCCCACCGUGACAGACUCCAUCAUCCACACCUCCGACAAGCACAUGAACAGCACCUAUCGCCAGAAGGUCCACAGAUGGACGUUUGCAUGACAAAGUGGUGGUGUUAUUGCUAUUGAUGGUGGUGGUGUGAUGUGAUUGGGGGGGGGGAGGUUGACAUGGUGAUGUUGAUGCUAGUUGUGGUGGUGUUGUGGUGCAAGGGGUGAUGUUGAUGCUAGUUGUGGU